AGAGAGAAGGAGAGAGAGAUUUAAAUCCUGAUCUAUGAACCUUUUUACGUGUGCUUGAUCGAUUCUGAAUCACCUUUGCUUUAACCGACACUAUACAACGUGCAAUGCAUCUUCACGGCCAUACAAAUCCAUGAUACCUAGGAUCAGGAGCUUACAUCGAUGAAAUUUCUAUGUGUCAUAUGUAGACAUGGUAAAUGAGGAUUUUAUUGUCUGGGAAAUUUGAAAUGCCUCGGUAUCAUGGCUUUCCAUGAUGAUGACGACGAUUUCGAGGAGCUACCGGACUUCCAAUUCACGGAAGAUACCAGUGUUGGGGAGGUCGACCUUUUCGAUUAUCCGGAUGAAUCGGGUCAACAUUUACCAAACUAUUCAUUUUCCACCAUUCACAACAAACCCCUGCCAUUUACGACAUUACGGACCAACUGCUGGAUCCCACGGACUGACGUAGAGGUCAAGGUCAUAGAGGCUGAACGAGUGGACGCACAUACCAAACUCUUCAAUCCAAACCUGUACUCUAUACAAGUCAAACACGGCACAUUCCAAUGGACAGUGAAGCGUCGCUACAAACACUUUGCCAACUUACAUCAGCACUUACGACUGUUCCGAAUGAAGCACAAAUUUCCCGUCCCAAGCAAGGCUCACAAAGAAAGGAGGCAGUCUCUCCACGGGACGAGAAAAGUUCCACGGUUUCCCAAAAAACCCGACAUAAUGGUCCGCACAGAGAAAGACUAUGAUAAACGAAAGCGGCAUCUAGAGGACUACCUACAGGCCCUUGUCAGCAUCAGUGUGUACAGAAACCAUAUAGAAACAUUGAAAUUUUUCGAGGUGAGCCAUUUGUCUUUCAUUGACAAGCUUGGCCAUAAGAGGAAGGAAGGUGUAUGGCUGUUUCUAAAAGAUUCCUUCCUGGCCUAUGUCCGUCCCAAGGACGGGGUUAUCUGUGAUGUCAUGUUGCUGGAUGCUGAUUUUUCUGUGGAGAAUGGGUUUGGAUUAACUGGGGCCAAACAUGGACUGCAGAUUGUAAAUCUUAAUAGAUGUCUGUUGGCUAAGUGUUGGACAGGACGGAAGGCUGACGAGUGGCAGGCAGCCAUUGAGGACGUUGCUAAGACCACUGGGAAGGAUUAUGCUAGGGUGUCUAGGUUCGAAGCUUUCGCUCCGAUACGGGAAAAAAGUUAUGCUCAAUGGUUUAUAGAUGGGGAUUCCUAUUUCUCGGCAGUUGCAGAUGCACUAGAGGAGGCCAAAGAGGAAAUUUUCAUUUCAGAUUGGUGGCUCAGUCCAGAGAUAUACAUGAAAAGACCCAUCACAGAGGGAAACAAAUGGCGCCUAGAUAGCAUAUUACGAAGAAAAGCGUUAAGUGGAGUGAAGAUCUUUGUGCUGUUGUACAAGGAGAUGACGAUCGCUGUCAACUUGUCUAGUUCCUACAGUAAACACACACUGGUCAACCUGUGUCCAGAGAACAUCAAGGUACUCCGUCACCCGGACCAUGGAGCAGGGGGUGUCCUGCUGUGGGCCCACCAUGAGAAGAUUGUGGCGAUCGACCAGAAGGUGGCCUUCCUGGGGGGUCUGGAUCUGUGUUACGGACGCUGGGACAACCACACCCACCCCCUCACAGAUUUAGGGAGUAUAACAUAUGAUGUCACCAACCAGAAUGUGAUGGAGAAACAGGACAGCUUACCUGUAUCUGAAGCAGAUGACCAUGUAUUUGCCCAGAAAAGUAAUGUAAAUGUGAAGUCAGAGGACAUUAUAGAGGAUCUCAACGGCAUUACCUUAAAUAUAACUCCACCAAGUCCUAAACUGGGAAAAUCUGACAGUGACCCGGAAUGUGUGUGUGGUCGAGAUAGGACAGGCACUAAUGAUAGUGACAAAAGUUACGACAAUCAGUCACUAGAGGCAGAGGAUACAGAGAAUCUGAUUGGUUCAGGAUCUCACAAUCAGACUGUUGUUACGGCAACGGUGCACUCUGACCCUGCAGCUAGUGAAACAAAGCCUUGUGAAAAAAGCUCUGCAGACAGGAACAGUACCUUAGAGGCAUCAUCAAAAAGAGACAGUGGUGUAGAGGAAAAGGAGGAAUCGGAUACUGAAUCAGUGAAAGACAAAAAAUUUAUAUCCCAAUUUUAUGUGAAAUUUUUAAAUCCCACAACAGAGCACGCAGAGAAGUACAUGGAGAGAGAGUCAGAUGAAGACUACCCUGUGAUCAGUGAAGAUUCGGAUAAUGUGUACACUAUGAGUGCCAAAGAUGUCACAGAGGCAUUACAUCGAAAAAGUGGGAAGAGUUUUAGAGGGAAAGACGAGAAGGCUCGAGUGCAUUUCUCUGGUGAUGGUGCUGGAAGAGAUUCUGAGGCUAUAUUUGAUUCCGCGGAAAAAGAUGAUAAUGAAGGUGUAGAGAUUAAAGGAUAUCAUAAACUUAACAGUGAAAAUCAGAGUAGUUUUAGAGAAAAUAACAGGGCAGCGAGUGAUUCUCACUUAACUAGUCAAAUUGUGCGUAGUCCUAGUGCCAGAGAAAGCAAGUCUGAAUCUACACAAGAGACUGCUGACCAGGACAAGGGAACAAAGAAAGAGAGCUGGGCCCUGAGGAAGUUACGCCGGACACUAAGUCAUGGCCACGAGCGGAAUAACAACCUAAAUAUCAACACGGGGGAACAAACGGAGGAUAGCGGGCCGCAUUCACCGACAGCGUUAAAUCGGUGGAAACUAGUCCUGAAUGUCCAGAAGUUCCAGUCAGCGGUCAAACAACAACAACAGGAACCGGUCCCCUUCCCCAAGGAAAAGAAACCCCUCACACCGAAGAUUAGUAAGCUGUUCCAUUUGGAUAGAUCCAGUAGAGACAGUUCAGUUGACCUAAAAGACAGCCUUGAGAAGCCAGCAUUGAUACAAAGAACCAAGAGUGAGAUUGCUAUAGAUGAACUAGGUCUCAAGGGAUCCUCUAAACUCUGGAUUGGCAAGGAUUACUGUAACAACAUACACAAGGACUUUGUGGAUCUUAAUGCUCCAUUUGAAGACUUCAUUGAUCGAUAUAAAACUCCACGAAUGCCUUGGCAUGACAUUGGAGCGGUGGUGUAUGGGAAGGCAGCUAGAGAUGUUUCAAGGCAUUUCAUUGGUCGAUGGAACAUAACUAAGCAAGAGAAAUGUAAGAACAACAAGGAUUUUCCUCUGUUGUUGCCCAAGGCUUAUGCUCAAGAUAAUACUCUUCCUCCAUCUAUAACUGGGUCAUGUCAAGAGGUCAAAACACAGAUUUUGCGGAGUUUAAGUGGUUGGUCAGGUGGCAUUAAAACUACUGAGUGUUCUAUACAGACUGCUUAUCUACAUUGUAUUGAGAGUGCCAAACAUUACAUUUACAUUGAGAAUCAAUUCUUCAUAACUCGAGUUAGAGAUAAAUCUGUGAUUAAAAAUAAAAUUGGAGAUGCCUUGUUCAACAGGAUUAUCAGAGCUCACAGGAAUGGAGAAAAUUUCCGUGUGUAUGUGGUCAUGCCAUUACUUCCGGCCUUUGAGGGGGACAUAGGGGGAGAUGGGGGGUACACCAUCAGGACGGUCACACAUUAUACCUACACUUCUAUCUCCAAAGGACCCUAUUCUCUCUGGGAGAGGCUCUCAAAGGAAGUUCUUGAUCCCCUGAAGUACAUAGUAUUCUGUGGAUUACGAAAUUAUGAUGAGCUCUCCUCCAAACCGGUAUCGGAGUUGGUGUAUGUCCACAGUAAGCUUUUUAUCGCUGACGAUGAUACCGUCAUUAUUGGCUCCGCCAACAUCAACGACCGCAGUCUCCUUGGAGACAGGGACAGCGAGAUUGCUGUCAUGGUGCAGGAUAUCCACAAAAAGGAGACAAAGUUCGCGGGCAUUCCUCACCUGGUUGGGAGGUUCGCUACCUCGCUACGGAAAUCUCUCUUCAGUGAACAUAUGGGUAUCCCUGAAGGUGACCCUGUCCUAGACGACCCGGUCUGUGAUUCGUUCUAUAAAUCUGUGUUCCUCAGACGUGCCACGGUCAAUACAAGUGUCUUCCAAAAGGUGUUCAAUUGUAUCCCAUCUGAUUUGGUUUUGAGCUUUACUGAACUGAAUCAACUAAGCUCAGAGAAAACUCUGGCUGAAACUAAUCCAGAACAGGCACGUAACGAACUGAAAAAGAUCCAAGGCCAUGUCGUGCUCUUGCCAUUACACUUUAUGGAACAUGAAAGUAGUCUUAUACCCUCAGUGGGAAUGGAAAUGUUUUUGCCUGUGGAUGUCUGGAUUUAAAUGCAAUUUUUUCAUGUUGAUGUGUGGAUUUAAAGGCAUUUUUUCUUUGCCUUUUUGUCUGUGUGAAAAUGUUCUUGUGUGUGCAGCUGAAGAAAAUAUGCAGUUCAGUGCAUAUAAUGCAUCAAGCCUUACUACUGCAAAUCAAAAUGUAGCAAAAGAUGGAUUGUUAGCAUGGCAACUAAAUACCCAUAUAAAUAUCUAGUCAACAUUUGAGUAGGGACCUGCAGGUGCCCUAUAGUAUUCAUAAUGUCAGUUUGCCUGUCUGUAUUUUUUUCUUCUUAUCAUUUUGAUCUGAUAACUUGAGUGCAUGAGCCUCUCAAGUUUUUCAUCAACAGCACCUUCAGAUUUUGAGUUCUCUUAGUCAAAAGUUGGUCUACAGUAGAUAUGGCCAUAACACCCUCUUAUCUUUAAUGCAACUUUAAAUGGUCAAAACCCAUUAUUUCUAAACAUGUUGGACCAAAGAAAAAAAACUCAGAUUUCUGAAGGUUCGUUAAAAUAAUGAACAUAUAGACAAUGCGGUUUGGACUUCCAAGUCUGAUAUAUCCAUGAUAUAAAAGAGUUCAACUUUUGAAAUGCACAUGUACUGAAAUUCAAGUGUAUUUACAAGCUAAAUAAAGAAAACCAAGUACAUUUUUAAUGACUUGCACAAUAGUCAAGCUCAAAGCUAUUGAUAUGACAAUUCUUUUGCAUUAAGAUAUUUUGUAACUUAGAGAUUUCAUUUUUUUUUUCAUACAUGUAGAUUGGGAGAAUGUCUUGGGAAAGACUCAUGUAGAUUUGAGUGCUUCAUAGUCAUGGGUUAAACUCAGAGAUUAAUAUAAUUUAUUAUAUGACUUUGCCAGGUUUUAAUUUAAUUUUUUUCCCAGUGAAAUAUGAAUUAUUUGAAAUUUUUAAAAAUAAAAAAAAAUCCUUAUGUUCAAAUUUUUGUCUCGAUGCAGUUGAUAUUUUCUCUGUAGUUGCUCUAUAUUGACAUCAUGUGACUAUGCACUCUGCUAUGUUCAAUCAUUCUGCUUUGAACAUUGUUAGUUUUCAAGUUAUCUAUUUAUUGCCUUGUGCUUCAGUGUGCUUUAUUUAAUUUAUUCAUCACUGAACAGCAGGGUAGACAAAAAUUAAAACUCUUAUGUACACAGAGGUGAUUUUUUUUAACUGUAUAUAUGAAGUAUUUGCAAAUUGACUAUGCAUUAUUUAUUCUUAUGAUAAGAUUUCUCAGGUAGUUUGAAAGUUAUAUUUAUCAAAAUAUAGAUACUGAAUGUGGUGUAUAACUUGCAAAUAUUUUUGUAAUUUUAUUAUAAGUACUUUUAUGUUUUAUGACACACUUUUAAAGGUUAUUGUUAUCUGUUGAAGCCCCAAAGUUGAUCGAUUGUUAUAAAAGUUGUUAAUGAUAUAAGUCCACUUUUUCUUCUCCAAAACAGAUUUGAGAUUUGCACAUGCAAAAAUCCAGGAAAUCUUAAGAAUAAUUUGUCCCUCAACACAACAUAAGUUUUGAAUUUUUAAAUGCAAUCAAACCUUGUUAGGACAGAACACUUGUGUUUCCUAGUAAUUUUUCUUGAUUAGAUAAGCAUCCAGUUUACUGAAACGUGUCAACUGGUAGAUCUAAAUAAAUAUAAAUUCUGUUUCCUGCAAAUCUUUCUAGAAGAUAAGGCCCUCAGAUUUUUUUUUAUUUAGAUUUUUGAGUCUUUUUGAAAAGUUAAACCCCCCCCCCAAAAAAAAAGAAUUAACACAGCAGGUCUAGAUUUAUGUACAGGAUAUAAUUACUAAUUGUGACAACAUUCCAUUAACAUAGAGGCUUUUUUAUAACAUCUGAUUCAAUAGACUUUUAUUUUCUUUAACUCCAUUAUUAAUUUUUUAGAUUUUUAUCUGAGAACUAAUAAAGGUUUACAGUAGACAUAAUUCUUCAUGCUGGGAUUCAUUUGGCUUUGAAGUUGUUGUUAUUGUUGACAAUACACAAGUUACAGGUGGAGACAAAUCCUGGUCUUGAAGACUAUUUUUCAAGACCACAUCAUCAGGGCAGUGUCUUACAUUCCUACAAUUUUUUUUUUAUUGGUAUUUAUAAAUAAUGUAAUUGUAGUAUAUGUAGUAACUCAUAUUUCUAUUUAUCACUAAUUAGGUAUAAUGUCUGAUAUACUUAUAUGCCUAAAGUGUAGGUGUAUUUUAUCAACCUUUUUAUGGGGUCAAGGUCAGGGCAAUAUAAAUAGCCAUUAAUAGCUGUUGGUGCAUAAAGUUGUUUGAUUGUUUAUGAGAACCACUUGCCGAAGUUACAGCCAGUCUUAAUGGGCAGUGCAUAAUAAGGGCUACACUAAAUUAAGUCCAGCUUAAAUUGCUCUGUCCAUGUAAAAAUCAAAAUGUAGAAUUGAGGUAGAUUACAAAUCCCAGAUGACAUUUGCAUCCUUAGAAACAAUUUUGCAAAUCUCAAAUGAAUUUUAUCUUAAAUUUAUUGCCCUUUCGCUGUCACACAUUUUGAUGAAAACUAAUUUUUAGAAAAAAUUUUUGAAAAAUUAUCGUACUAGUGAAAUUUCUGUUGAAAAGUCCAAGAUCAGAGAUGAAUUUGUUUGUUUCUAUAUGUGUUAUGAAUAUUUAAUAAUUAUUGGAGUCAGGGUAAUUAAGCAUGUAUAUAAAUUUCAUUGAAAGCAGAAUGCUGGAAUUGUGUCGUUUUCAUCUCUAUUUCUUGCAGAAUUUUCAAGCUCUUUACACAUUGGUGUAGCAAAUUCUGAAUGCCAAAAAUUUGCAUGUAGUCAUGUAUUUAUUGAUAUUUUACAUGUCAUGUAUUUCUUUUCUUGAUCAUCAUCAUCGAAUGAACUGUAAAUGAGCAAGAUUGCAAGGCUUGAUUCUGUUUUUACAUGGUAUGUACAAUGAGGUUAAUGUACAGUGUAUUUUUCAUGAAGACAUUUGAAUCAUAAUGUAUUAAUUUAGAUACAUGUAUAUUAUACCAAUACUCUUUCUCAGUAUUUUUUGAAAGGAUUAUGACAACAGUUAAGAAUGUUUAGUCUGAAAUUAUAUUCUUCUUUUGAAUAUUCAUAGAAAAACGACAAGAGAGAGGCAUCAUGCUUAUGCAGUUUGCUCAAGUUUUUCAUGUGCCAUUCCACAAAGUGACCAAGGUACAAAGUCAGGUUCAUUGUACAGUACAUGAAUGUUAAAAUACAGAAAUAUAAGACUUACUAGUGUAAGAUUGUACAUCUCUA